AUCUGGUAGAAAGCGUCUGACAAAUAUCGACAUUCCAGACCAGCAGCGAGGGAGGCGGUUUAACAAGUGGCAAACCUGGUUUAACUGGAGAUUCAGAAGCAUGAGUGGCAGGAACCGGUCAGGUGCUUCAGCCAGCCAGGUGCGCCGUGCAUCAUCCUUCUCCAGUCAGCCAUCCCGCGUGCUGAUAGUUGACACGUCGCCACCUUGGUGGUCAGAGACACGUUCUGUCGUGUGUGAGGCCCUUGAGAACUUCCUCUCUCUGGCAAGCAGUCUGGAGGGACCCAGUCGAGUACCUCUCCUCAGCCUCUAUGCAGUAAACCUGCAGCAGGAGUGUCUGCUGCCGUUUGUGCAGGUGAAGGGGAAUCUUGUGCGUUUGCAUUCAUGUGUGGAGGAGCUGCGCUGUCUGCCUACGGAGGGCUGUACACGGCCACAGGUCGAGCUCCUUAAACAGGCAGUGCUGGACAGCCUGCAGCAGUACAAACACUACACCCACCAUGCAAAUCUGGGGAACAAGCUCCACAGUGGCUCUGUAGAGGUGACAGUACUGAGCAGUGAGCCGGGCCGGGCUGUAGUCAGACAGCUGGAACAGGGCCUGAAGGACUCCGACCUGGUCAGUCUGCGACAGCUGUUGGUCAUCCAUAUCGCCGUGGAACAGAACCUUACAGACAGAGAGCCAGCCUGGAGCCCAGAGUCCUGCUCUACAGAGGGCACGGAGCAGCCAGGCGAUGACCUGAUGCUAGGGGCUGAGAUGGACCUGCAGCUCGUGGAGAACAGUGUCAUCGCUGUGGAGAACGCUCUGAAGGCAUGGCUUCAUGACCAAACAGGAGAAAGAGAGCACCUUCAGCUGCUGUUACCUGCACCCGUACAAACAAACAGUCCAAAAUCCUCUCCAGCUCCUGUGUGUAUAAAGUGUGAUAUGCAGGAAAGGCUUGUGAGCCCCGCUCUUCUCCCCUACAUGCCUGAUCUUGGAGCCAAAACUGAGAGCAUACGGGACUUCCCUCCAGCUAGCAAGAGCCCGUCCAGUCAGAAGUCAGGGCCACAGCGACUCCGAGUCAUCAAAGCUUUGCGUGCAGAAGGAGUGUGUCAGUCUGUUCUGUAUGGCCUUCCACUAGUCAUCAGACCUACAACUUGCUGGCAGCUGGACUGGGAAGAGAUGGAGAGCAACCAUCAGACUUUCCACGCUCUCUGCCACACACUUCGCACCCGUGACUGGUUUCUCUUAGUGCGGUCAGAGACUGAGUUUCGUUCUGCGUCCAGCACGUUUUCCUACUACGUGCUCCAGUCUUCAGCCUCCCUCUCUCUGUUACUAAAACCUGUCCUCACUCGAGAAUUAUUAUUGCCCUGCAGUCUGCCCGUCUCAAAUGAGGACCCACCGUUCAACACACUCAAUAUGGUGGAGAGGUGUUUGGAGCAGCUGGAGACAGAGCCUGUGUUUAACCCUCUUUGUCUGGGCUGUAAUCUCUACCCAUACCUGAGGAUGAGAGGCCUGCUCUCUCGCUCCUACGGCUCUCGCUCUCAGAACCAAGCACGAGGCCAACGUAGAGACACACACCGACCAGCAGAGGGCUCCACACCUCGGCAGUUGCAGCAAGGUCGUGUCAGGGCCAUGGUCGCUCCACUGUCCUCUGCACCACCAGCCAAGAUGUCCCGCCCCCCUCUGACCCUGAGCUGCUCACGACCUCAUGGCCCAUCCGUUUGCUUAGUGGACAGUGAUGUGGAGAACAGUCGUCUGAUGACGAUCUGAGAGUGAAAGUUUGGUGUCUUACCAUUCUAGGCAGACUGUUCUCACCUUGGUUGUGUUUUUGGUUAGUGUAUAUUUAUAUAAAACUGGCCUACAUUAGUAUAAACUGACACACCACACCACAGUGCACUGCAGACCCAAACUUAUAUUUAUAGCCCGGAACACGUCCAGUUCUAAACCGAGCUGGGUUUUUUUUGUUGUUGGUGGUGGUGGUUUUUAGUAUGUACAGAAACUAACUCUAUGCAAAUACGGUAGCAGCACAAGAUAUCUUCAGAUAAGAACAGACUAAUUUACAGAAGUAGCUGAAGCCAAGUUUUAAUGCUAGAUAUUUGUCGUCAUUCACUAUUCACUAGGCCCCAUCAUUUAGUGCUUAGCAGGCAACUCUAUGUCUAAUCCAUAUACAGACAUUUUAAUAAGUUUCAAGAUCAAAUCAGUACUGCAGACAAGACAGUCUAUUAAUAAUUCGAAACAAUUCCUAAACACAACAAUUUGUAAUGAGUCAGGGACUGGACAGGGUUUGUUCCACUCACUAUGAGCUAUUAGAGGAUAAUAUGGCAACAUUACACUGCGGUACACGCCAGCCGUUUAUGCGUCUACAGCUGUUAAACAUUAGAACAGAUAAAAUGCCUCAUUCUUCACAAAAAGAAUAAGGAAGAAAAAAAAACAAUAAACCCUGUUAACACCCCUAUUUUGGCCUUAGAUGGUCAGAACACAAUAAGCAGUUUCGUUGCUUAAAAUGCUGACAGUUCUCACAGUACUUAAUUAGUAUGAUGUAUAUAGAGGGAGAGAGAGACACACACACAGGGGUGGCACGGUGGUGUAGUGGUUAGCACUGUUACCUCACAGGAAGAAGGUCCGGGUUCGAGCCCCGCGGCUGGCGAGGGCCUUUCUGUGCGGAGUUUGCAUGUUCUCCCCGUGUCCGCGUGGGUUUCCUCCGGGUGCUCCGGUUUCCCCCACAGUCCAAAGACA